GAGCAGAAGCAAGAGAAGAUUUGUUCGGUUUGUUUUUGGUUUCGUUUGGUUCACUUUCGUUUGGUAUUAGCAACAGUUUUGCAUUAUUUAGAGGACAGGAGUGCAAUAACGAAGUGCACAACAUCGCUGCAAGUGACCGAAGAGUUAUCUGACAAGGCUGAAGUUGCAUCUCAUCGUGUGCAACAAGUGAUUUUGGUAGCCGACUGUGAUGAUGAUGAUGAUGGCGGCGGACGACCGUCGUACCUUGGGUUGAGCAAAGCGAGCGAAGAAAGUUUCUAGAUUUGUUAAUCUAAUUACGGAAUUAGCUGCAAGUGACCGAAGUUCCGUCCGCUCGACAGUAAAGCCGUGCUCUGUUUAUCAAAGUGCAGUGCAAAAAGCGAGAAUGUGCGUCUCGGAAGUGCCGUGAAAAAACGCGUCCGGUUGCUCCAUCGCAAAUGUAACGCCAAGGUAUGGGUCAGCGUGUUGGUGCGGUAAUCGUGUGGUGGUGGUGCGGAGACGAAUCAUAUGACUGGCGUGCGGUCAGCACUACGUAAGCAAGCAAACAGGAGGCAGACAAGCCAGGGAUUGUUAUUGUUUGGCAUACACUCCACCACCCUCCAAAUAAUUCACCCAUCCGUGUCCCAUCUAUGGGAAUGUGGAACAUUGUCCGGCGGCUUUACUCAGCCGGUAAAUAAGAAAGCAUCCGGUUAAUCCCCGUAAUCAUGGAAACAACUCGAAACGGUUACGCCGGUAUGCCAUUAUUAUCGGAGAGCGGUACUGUGCGUGGUUGUGUGUGAAAAGGAAUUUUUGAAUGAAUUUGACGCCGUCCCUACCCCGUGGCGCUCUUUGGCCGGAUCCAAUCAGCAUCCAAUCUUGGUCACCGUUGUUGUUGUCGUCUUUGUGGUCAUUGUCGCCUGUCGUCCUAUCGAUAAGCGAAGCCGCUGUGAAGAUGUGAACCAAUCGUCGAGAGCUUAGCGGCCGGCAAAAGACACAAUCUCUACGCACUUGGCGUACGGUGGAUGCAGUAGAUUAAAUCCGACAACCACUACUAAUUGGCACCGAAAGUAUCCGAUGGGGUUGGAUGCGAUGGCGAAGUAGUCCGCGUACCGCGAAAAAUACUACCUCGUGACGUGCAGUCCUGGGGGGCCGCGUUCUGCGCGUGCGCCUGCACUAAACCGACGAUAGAGUGAGUGGGGUGGAGUGAUACUGGCGGUCCUGUACAACCGUGGCUUAACCCUGCAGCGCAAAACAACAUUGGGCGACGGUCCUCGUGUGUGUUCCUGCCAGUUGCGUACGAUCGACCAAACCCGACGGACAGUUUGGCGUGCGAGUGGCUUAAAAAAGGGACGUUGGCGGUGAACACAGAACGGGCGUGAUUUGUAAGCCAUUUGCCAAAGUGAAGCAGCGUCAUGCAGCGCACUGCACGUCUACGUCAGUUGGCGCAAUUAGUUGGGUAAUGUAAGGCACACUAGGGGGAAAGGAAGGAUAUAACCCCGCGAAAAAGGAUCGUGCGUUUAAAGUUGGGUGGAAGUUCAAAGGCACUUGGUUUAUCCCAAAACAAACGGUGUUGUAAUGGAAGAUUAUCUGCUGGUUGUGAUUGGACCCGUACCAAACGGGCAACAACAACGCUGCAACAAGUGUUACAAUAAUGCGGUAACGAAAUAAGCGAAGAUGUGAGAAGCCGAGCGCAUAUUCAAAGGGAAACAAAAUGUGCAAAUUUGUGCUGUGCUGUGUCGCUCGAAGUGCAUCGAAGUGCGCCUAGUAGAAUCGAUCGUACCGGUUGUGAAUUUUGAAGCAAUUUACAAGCAAUAGUCCCCGUACGACGGACGGGUGACUAGGUGGAAGCUGAGCUAGCGAAAAACAGGAAGAAAGAUUGCAGACGAACGGCGGCUGCUGCACCCGAUUCGGUGUCUCUGCAAUCGAAUCGAGCCAGUCGUGGUUUUUUGGACUAUAAAUAUAUGAUGGCCCUGUUCAACAAGCUGCUAUUCAACAAGAAAAGAAAUACUAGCUCAUCGUCACAGAAAACAAGCCCCGGACAGUUCCCGUUCAGUGCAGAUCAGGUUCGAAUUUUGGUAUUCCAGGAGUGUGAUAUUCGAGGCCGAAAGCUGCUCUUUGACUCCAGCACCGUUGAGAAGGUUUCGUCCGAUAGUGCCAGCGCUGCGGCUACGGCAGCAUUUGCCAGCGAUCAUCAUCCAACGUCAGUGCCGCAGGUUCAAAAGUGUGAUCACUGCAAUGUCGUCUACCGGGUGCGCAAGCAAAAUGAUCCACGCAAUGAGGCGCUGCUCAAGACGGAGAUCAAACAGUUUGAAGAGAUGGUGUUCGGAUCGGCACCGAUCGCGUUCCGUGGAAGCAGCUUUAAGGUUCACUGGCUAAAGGCUCCCAAGACGCUGAUGUGCUCGCUCGUAUUUCCAACCCCAGUUAACAGCGGUACGAAGAAGUCGUCCGUAUCCACCUAUCCCGGCUCGGAACUGUUUAUCAACGGUGGAAGCAGUGGCGUUGGCAGUGCUGGUGGUGUUAGCGGAAACUGUGUCGAUUACAAUCCGUCCGUGAGCGAUCUCAGCUCGAUCGGUACGGGAUCGCUACACUCGUUCACCGUCACGUCCUCCACUGCCACGCAACACGACCCGUCGAUGUUGCACCGGCAGCGCCCAGUAUUACCGGCAGAGUUCUGCAACUUUGACCGCUUUGCCAACCAGCGCCACUCGUCGAACUCGGGCGUUGACUCCGGUUACGGUGGGACGGAUCCGUGGGGCCUUUCCGGAUCGGGAUCAUCACGGCAUCCAGCGUCUUCUUCCCACCGCAGCAGUCUUUCCUCGAUUUACAGCGAUUUCGACUGCAUUCGACGGAUGAGCACGGACAACUUUAGCAUGGACAUUCCACCGCCGCCAAACUGUGUCAGUUUGGAGGAUUGCCACUCGUACGGUAGCUUCCAUCGGCGAGUCUCCAAGAAUCUGUCGACCUCGUUCGAAAACCGUCACACGAUUGCCGAUCACGUGGGGCAUCUGGAUGAGCUGGGUCAGAUGAUGUCGGGUAACGGGGUGGGUCAGCACGCGACGGCAACGCAUGCGGCGGCUAGUGAUGGUUGUGUGGUGUCCCGCAAUCGACGGAACAGUGAAACAAUGGAGCUGAACCGCCGGAAAGCAUACAGUGGCGAGCUGCUGUCGACGGCCACAAACUAUCAGGGCAAGGCGCCAAGCAAAAAGCAGCGACUUGGGGUGGCGGUUUGCAUUCGGUUGAACGAUGUGAUGCUGCAGGACUCGGACACGUUCUGCUCCGAGCAUAUGACGGUGUUCGAAUCGAUCCUGUGCCGCGUUCGGGUGGCUGUCGAGAAAGCGUACAUACGGUGGCGAUUAUUUCUGCAGAUUAUGCUGGGAGCGUGGCAUUCAACGCAACAAUGGCUAAACGAUCUCUUUACUGCGCCUCGCUUAAACAACCCAGUCUGGUUGACGCUCAGCAGCAGCACCUUAACCGAUCGCAAUCUAGCCUCGUUGGCCAGCACAUUUAUGAACGAUCUUUGCUCAUUGCUGUCGCUGGCCGACACAAAAGAUACAAAUUUUUUCAUCAGCACGAUGAUAACCGCCGUCCUAACGCACCAUCUCGGAUGGGUAGGAACGAUAGCGGCCAUGACCGCGACGGACGAUUCGUCCCCGACCAGCAAGCUAGAUCUGAUUCGGCGGGAAAAGAUUCGCAUGAACGAAAUUACCGCCAACCAUCCGUACAGCGUGCUUUGGGCGCAGCUCGGCGAUCUUUACGGAGCGGUCGGUUAUCCGACGAAGCUGUCGAAGACGAUCAUCUGUGGCAGUUCGCAGCUGAGCAACAUGCUGGACAAGAUACUGAACGUGCUGUCGUACUUUAUACGCUGCUCGGAGAUAAAGAGGACCGUUUACGUGGAAUCGUUCGAUGAAGCAAACGUCCGCACGGCCUUCAUAUCGCAGCGGGCAAACGUUAGUGUGGCGGGCGCUUCCUCGCAAGCAUCGGACGCUGAAGUUUUGCCUUCGAAGGACACCAAAAGGGCUGUUGCUGUUGAUCGAUCGGUCGGAGGAGGGUUGCUGGAACCGGCAGCCCAACCGCUGCUCCGCUCGGCAUCCUCCGGGAUGGUUCGUUCGGCGACGCGAAUGAAAAACUUGGUCUCGCUCGGUGGCGAUGGCGAGCAGCAGCAGGAAGGCAUCUCGCAACAUUCAGCUUCCACCGGUGAGAUGCCCUCCAACCCGAGCAGUGAAGAGGUACAGAAAGCGUUAAAGAAAAACGUAAUGAAUGACAUUCCAAACGUGCUGGUGUACCGCGAUUCGCGCUUUGUCCGGCAAGAGCUUCGAAUAGGCAACAAAAGCAUGGACACGGGGCUGGUGAUGAACGCGCGCGAAAAGCAGUACCUCGAAGCUCGCUAUCAGAUCGGUAAGGUGGCGCUACUGCACACGACACCACAGUCACCCGAUGCCGAGCUGGCCCAGGAAGCGCUCGUACUGGAAGCGAACGAUCAUCGUGGGCUGGACGAUGCGGACGAUCGUGAAUCGGUUCGCUUGUCCUAUCUCAUAACGGAAAACAGUCUCGGGCAGGUGGGCCCAUCGGAUGCGGCCCAAGAAUCGCAGCAACGCCUGAUAUGGGGCGUAGAGAAAACGAAGGAAGGAAUUGCGUUCGAGCAGCUCAAGUACAUUAGCCUGCUUCGGGGCGACUACAAGGUACAAAAGGACACGGUUAGUGAGAGCGAGCUCAAGAGCGCAAACAACAACCCGAACGAGGUCGUGUUUGUGCUCGGGGAGAAUGAAAUGCUCAAGGACAUUCAUCGGAAAGCGGGCGGACCCGGCGACGAUGUGCUGAAACCGUUAGGCAUGGUACAGCCGCUGAAGCACUGUUGUCAGCAGAAAUUCAACAGCUUCGACAGAUACCGACAGAUAGCGGCAAAGUUUCUGAAAAGCCGCAACCUUCCCGACUAUCAUCUGCUCGAGCGUGGGAAAGGAAUUGCGUCCGACGAGGAAAGCAUUGUGUCCCCGCUUUCGGAACUAUCGUUCGAAUGGAGUGACCACCAAGGAAAGAAUGGACCGUCCGAGUGUGCGGUAUGUCAUCAAAUUCCUACCAUUUUCUGUCUGCAAACGCCGACGAACGCGUCCGAGAUGGAGUUUGUGGGCGAGCUUUCCGACGCUAACCAUCGACCGUGCUGGAGGAAGGAACGAACCCUGCUACUGGAACAGCUGGCCGGAGACGAGUGUCUGACGGGUGCGCCGGAAGCAGCAGCCGCCGCUGCGUCCGGGUUCCAUCCAUCGAGGCCACUGUUGCGAGAAAACAUUCCGCUUAUCGUACUUCCGGGGCAUGCGAUGGCCACGCUGGACGAGAAUGAUGAGCUGCGGGUAAAGCAUCCCGGGAGCAUUCUGAAGCUGAUCGAUAUUCCUUUCCCGAAGGGGAUGCGAACGGCCGCACCGGGUAGUGACGAGAAUAACAAUAGCAGUGGCACCGGAUCGGGAUGUUCCGUCGGUGCAAACAGCCAUGGAGCUGGCAGCGGGGGCAACGUCGGUGGAAGCGGUGGAAGUGCCGGUGGCCGUGACAGUGGGACCAAUCACCGUGAUCAUCACCAUCAUCAUCACCAUCAUGCGAACGAUUCGGGCACCGGCGCUGGUAACGAUAAGACUGAGAAAGGUUUGCGAUAUUUUCGGACCGGGUUCAUGCCGUCCCUGUUUAGCCGUAUGACCGACCACUACAUGCCGGAUAUGGUGCUGCAAGCGACCACAGCACCACCGAGCCAGUGGGAAGCAUCGUUGAAGCGGGAUCUGCAUCUCGCCGCACGGUUCACGCUGUACGAGCAGCAGCUGACGGAGAAUAAUGCCAUCGUUGCGAAUCUGGACAAACACGAGGUGCGAUUGCUUUCGUCGCAGUCGCUGGUGGAUGGCGACAUCAUUGGGAUGUCGCAGCUGGUGUCCUCCAUGCUGGAAGCUGUCAAUGCGAUGUGGUCGGCCGGGAUCUCCGCCUAUCAGUGCAUGGCGUUUAUCGAAUCGAAGCUGCGCGAGCUCUAUCUCCAGUCGGAAACGAUCGCAAGCAUUAUGCUGGCCACUGACUUCUGCACCAUGAGCUCGAUCACCACCGCGAUGGAUAUCACUGCCAACGAUAUGGAGCUGCUGCUGUCCGUUGCAUCCGUACACACGCCCGAAGCCACCAAGCGGUACCGCGUGCUGAUGCGUUAAGCCUCACUCAGCAGCUGUACAAAGCAACAACAAAGAAGAAGGAAACCCUAGAACAAAACAAGAGCUUGAGAUUUUGCGUCAUGCAAAUGUGAUAUUAGCUGUAAUCGUGUCGGUAGCAAGCGUAGAGAAUCACAAUUGGAGGAGAAAAGAAAGAGCGGAAGGAAUCGGAUGGAUAUGAUAUUGGCUGCAAAUGCUCUCUUUCUUUCUUUUUAUGCGGAACCUCCUUAACGUAACUGUCAUAUCGUAGUUAGGAGUAACAGGUAAAGUUUAACUUUAGACAGUAAAACAGUACAAAAGCCGCCGCUAGUGUGCGAGGCGGUGUUGUGAUUUGAAAAGGCGCACGUGUAAGAACACUAGAUCGCAUUCUAGUUGCAGAGCAACAGUUCGACCCUUUGCAGGGGCAACAAUGCCAUGAGGGUGUUGUGUGCUGCAAACAGCAAAUCGGAGCAGAAUCGCUCGAGGUUGUGAACCAUUGGUGUAAAGCAUAGGAGCGGGUAAGAAUUAAAGCUUAGAAAGCGAUAGCCGAUAGGUAGAUUAGUCGAGGACGCAGCAACAACCGGGGUAGGACCUCUCGAUAUUUGUCGUUAGCAGGCGUCGUUAGCAGACCCUAGCCAUAAACGGCCAGUGCAAGGAUGAGAUAUUUAUUGACACGGAAGUCUUGCAAUAAAAUCGCUGUAAAGCAAUAGAAACCAA